AUGGGAACGCGCAGCACGGGACCGGGCAGCACGGGAGGCACGGGAACGGGCAGCACAGGAGGCACGGGAACGGGAAGCAUGGGAGGUACGGGGCGGCAGCAUGGUACAGGUAGCACGGGAAGCACACGAGGACACGAGCAGCACGAAAGGCACGGCCGAGGGAGGGGGGGGGGAGGGGGGGGGGGGGACGGGCAGGACACGGGCAGUACGGGAGACACGGGGUGCAGCCACCUCCAGUCCCGCUGCUGCCUCCACCCCCCCACCACCCAACCGCCACUGUCAUGCAGACACGGCAGUAGGCGGGGGAGAGGGGGCACCGAAAGAGGGGCGAGAGCGGGUGGCGAGAGCGAGGUCGGGAGCGGGCAGGGACUGGGCGCGAACGAGUUGCACGGACGAGGUGCGGACGGGGUGCGCGGAUGGGGUGCGGACGGGGUGCGGACGGGUUGCACGACGGGGGGACGGGGUGCGCGGACAGGGUGUGUGGACAGGGUGCGCGGACGGGGUGCGAACGAGGAGCAUUGCCGGCACUGGUGCAGGCGGCCGCCUCUGGUGCUGGCGAGCGUCGCAGGUGCUGGCGCUGGUGGGCUCGCUGGCGCGCUCGCUGGCGCGCUCGCUGGCGCGCUCGCUGGCGCGCUCGCUGGCGGGUCCGUCGGCAGGUUCGUUGGCGGGCUCACAGCCGCGCUCGCUGUCGGGUCCAUCGGCGGGUUUGCAGGCGUACUCGCCAUGUGCGGCGCACGCCAUGGGUAG